AUGAGUGGGUAUAAACAAAUUGUGAUGCAAAAGAGGGAUAGUAAUUGGGACUCUAUGCUGCACUUGGUUGGACAAGUAGCACCUCAUGACAAACUCAAUCUUGUUCCCGGUGCAGCUUUGCAAAUGCAACGUGAGUUACAAUGGUUUAAGGAAGUGGAGAAAUUAUUAGUAAAUCCCUAUUUCAAAGUGUUUACGAACAAAAAUGGUGAAAUUCCUUCAACGAUAUUUACUAGCGAACACAAAUUUUUAGUUGCGGAAGGAGAAAAAUGGAUGAAAGACACUGCAAACUCCUGCACAAUAGCUGCAACACUUAUUGCCACCAUAGGAUUUGCAGCUGUAAUCAUUGUUCCAGGUGGCAACGAUGGCACAAUUGGCCUCCCAAUUUUCUCAAAAGAAAAGGCAUUUAUUGUCUAUAUCGUUUCAGAUGAAAUCUCCCUAUUCACAUCCACCACUUCUCUAUUGAUGUUCUUGUCCAUUCUCACUUCUUGCUAUGCAGAAGGAGAUUUUCUUUAUGUUUUGCCUAAGAGGUUGAUAAUCGGCCUUGUUACCCUGUUCCUCUCCAUAACAACGAUGAUCGUAGCAUUUAGUUCCACACUUUAUCUUGUGUUUGGCCACAAUAAGGCAUGGAUACUUAUUCCAGUGACUGAAUUAGCAUGUCUACCAAUCACUUCUUUUGUGUCCUUACAGUUUGCCCUCCUUGUGGAUCUCAUCUCUUCAACAUAUGGUCGUGGCAUUUUCGGCAAGCAAAGUGAUCGGCUUUUUUAUUAG